AUGGGAACCAUAAAGAAUAUGAACGGAGUUUUCCUUGAAGUUGAUUAUGGGUUCAGUCGAGGAAAUGGGCUAGGCUAUAUUUUCUGUAAAGAGUUAGGAAACGUUACAGUGGAAAAGAAUGUUUAUCCCGAUCCCGUUGGCAAAUGGUUUCGUUUCGACUGUUAUUGGGAUCCCACCGCUCCUGUUAUUGAGAGUAAUGAGUGCGGUUCUACCCAAAUAGGAAGAACGGACGGAUGCUUUGUGGCCGCUUCCGAGGUUCAAAAUGUGAAAGCAGAACUUGGAAAUGAGAAAGAAUGUCGAGAUAAUGGCAGGAUAAUAGCCAAGUUCUCAGGCUCAGGACUGGUUCUUGAAGUUUAUCCUAAUUUUAUGUACUUAUGGCAUUGUCAUGUAGGUGUCAUACUACAUGUGAAAGGAGAAAACGCGAAGAAAGACUUGAAUGAAAUCUUUGUACCUCUUCAACCAAUAUCCUUCAAAGCAGUAGCGAUCAAUUGUCCCAACAGAUUUGUUGCGUUCUCUGUGAGUGAGCCUGUAUUCUGA